AUGCAUCGCUUUUUUGUAGAGCUGGAACCAUCUCUAUCCGUCACUGAGCAAAACCUGGCAGACCGAGUUCGGUACAUCCUGCGCUCCAACAUAUUUGGUGACGCCGAACUCGAACGACUACGACGUGAGGCUGUUCCCUCAUCGGAUGGAAAUGCUACGGCUGGGAAUGCGGCGCCACUAAUUGCGCAGCAAACUGCAAAUGUGGACGCUGCCGUCAAUAUUCCAUUUGUGGUUGAUUCAGACGAUGAUGGAAUAGUCCCCCACGAACUAGAGAAAAUGAGGAGCAUAUUGGAAGAGUCGAUGCUGGAAACGCGCAGCAUGCCUCUCGAAAAUCGACCGCGACUUCCCCGCAUACCCCUUAGCAAGCGAAAUCGGGCUGUCGUGCGGGCUCUUAACCCAAUGCUGGUGACCUACUUGGAAGCCAGCCGGGACCUUUGCGAGACGGACUCAAUUCUCUUUGGCGCUGCACUGGCAGUAUGUAUUAUUGGCGUCAAACUUCCCAUGGCUGGACGUCCUACUCAACAAGGUAGUGCCAUCCCAGCCUGGAGAAAAAGAAUCGAGGACUGUAUCGCAAAGGCAAGGGCCAUUAUCGGCAGACUGACAAGCUUCAGGUCGGGUAAUAAUAGACCGAGAGUUGUGCGCACCGUUAGAAUGGCGUUUGCUGGGACAAAUAUUAGUUUGUCCCAGCCUGAUAUCACGCAGAAACUCACGGAGCGCAUAGAUGACCUGAAGCAAUAA